AUGAAGUGGCUUCUGUUGCUCACCUUGGUGGCCCUCUCUGAGUGCCUCGUCAAGAUCCCCCUGGUCAAGAAGAAGUCCUUGAGACAGAACCUGAUCGACCAUGGCCUGAUGAAGGACUUCCUGCAGAAAUAUGACAUCAACCCAGCCAGCAAGUACUUCAAGGAGGCCGCCACCAUGCUGUCCACCCAGCCCCUGGUGAACUACAUGGACAUGGAAUACUUCGGCACCAUCGGCAUCGGCACACCCGCCCAGGAGUUCACUGUCAUCUUCGACACCGGCUCCUCCAACCUGUGGGUGCCCUCCGUCUACUGCUCCAGCCCCGCCUGCAGCAACCACAACCGCUUCAACCCUCAGGCGUCCUCCACUUACCAGGCCACCAGCCAGACCGUGUCCAUCGCCUACGGCACCGGCAGCAUGACAGGCAUCCUCGGCUACGACACCGUCCAGGUUGGCGGCAUCGCUGACACCAACCAGAUCUUCGGCCUGAGCGAGACCGAGCCCGGCUCCUUCCUGUACUACUCUCCCUUCGACGGCAUCCUGGGCCUGGCCUACCCCAGCAUUGCUGCCUCCGGAGCCACACCCGUCUUCGACAACAUGUGGAACCAGGGCCUUGUCUCCCAGGACCUCUUCUCCGUCUACCUGAGCUCCGACGACCAGAGUGGCAGCGUGGUGAUGUUUGGUGGCAUCGAUUCUUCUUACUACACCGGAAGCCUGAACUGGGUGCCCCUUUCCUCUGAGGGCUACUGGCAGAUCACCGUGGACAGCAUCACCAUGAACGGACAGCCCAUUGCUUGCAGCGGCAGCUGCCAGGCCAUCGUUGACACCGGUACCUCUCUGCUGUCUGGCCCAACCAACGCCAUUGCCUACAUCCAGAGCUACAUCGGAGCCAGUGAGAACUCUAACGGCCAGAUGGCGAUCAGCUGCUCCGCCAUCAACAGCCUUCCCGACAUCGUCUUCACCAUCAAUGGAAUCCAGUAUCCUCUGCCCGCCAGCGCCUACAUCCUUCAGAACCAGCAGGGCUGCGUCAGCGGCUUCCAGGGCAUGAACAUCCCCACCGAGUCCGGCGAACUCUGGAUCCUGGGUGACGUCUUCAUCCGCCAGUACUUCGCCGUCUUCGACAGGGCCAACAACGCGGUCGGCCUGGCCCCCGUGGCUUGA